UACACGCACCGCGCCCAUAAACCCAGGUACACGCAGGCUAGAGUCGGAGAGCGCACAGCUAGAGAAACUAUAUUAUCUGUUAUAGUGAAUUCGGAUCGGACCCACCACUGCCGUCAUGCCUCUAGGGCCCAAAUCGGAUAAAGAUAAAGAUGACAAGGACAAGGACAAGGACGUAAAAAAAGAUAAAGACCACGAUAAAGAAGGCAAAGACAAGGGAGACAGCAAGAGCAAAAAACACAGUGAGAAAGGAAAAGAAAAGAAAAAAGACAAAGGCAACAGUAAGAGCAAAGAACACGACAAGGAAGGGAAAGACAACAAGAACAAGAAAAAGAAGAAGAAAGAAGGCGCUAGCAAGGGAAGUGGGAGCAGCAGCAGCAGCAGCAGUGGUAGCGUCAGCUCAAGCAGUGAUGAUGACUAGACUACAAUGGAUGGAAACGCUCAUGUCAGUGUAACUGUCAGCGAUGCAGGGAUCUCUACAAUGAUUUACUCUCCAAAUCUCAGAAAAAGUGGCAUACCAUCUACGAAUGCAGUGUGCAGUCGUCCCCCUCGUCAGAUUCCAUGCAACGAAAUACAAUAUCGCUUUAUAAGAACUAGACUUAUUUGUCUGAAUGACAAUAGAAGGCUAUAAUAAUUGGAGGUAGGAUAGUAUGUUGAUAGACUGACAUUUUUGCAAGGAUUUUUUGCAAUGCCAUUUUCACAGCAUUUCCUAUUGGCACAACUAAACUAUACACGUAAAAUAUAUAUAUAAGAUUAUAGGAGAUAUUUAUAUAAAAAAACGUUUUACUUAUUCCAUGCACGUUAAGGAAAUAUCUAUUGCUAGUUGUUAUACAUGGUGCUGUAAUUUGAAGCAAGGAUUUCCAGCCCACUCUCUUUCCUCCCCUUUCUCUACACAUAUUCACCUUACUUAUCAUUCACUAAGCAGAUCAGUGUGGUUAUAUAGCACAUUUGCUUUCCUGUAUGCAACAAUUAAGGGGCUCACUAGUCUCAUGAAUUAUCUCCAAGACCUGUCUCCACUUCUAAGUCUAACUCCAGGAUGUACAAACACGAAAUAGACUGCCUAGAUACACGUUCCUGGAUAGCCCACUAUAAGGUGGUUUACCAACACAGUGGUUUAAGUCUUCUUGCACUUCAUAGCUACAAUAAAAAUCAAGAUGUUCUCAGUUGAAUUAUAAGGAUCUGCAAUGUGCAAGUUGUGUUAGUACAUUUUGUGUUUAAUAAAAAAAAAUUGUGUUCUCAUUG